AUGGACUCCACCGCCUGCUUGAAGUCCUUGCUCCUCACUAUCAGUCAAUACAAAGCUGUUAAAUCAGAAGCUAAUGCCACCCAGCUUUUGAGGCACUUGGAGGUAAUUUCUAGUCAGAAGCUCACACGAUUGUUUACAUCAAAUCAAAUAUUACCAGGUGAAUGCUUGAGUUGCCUUGUAGAGCUGCUUGAAGAUCCCAACAUAAGUGCUCCACUGAUCUUAAGUAUCAUCAGUUUACUAUCUCAACUAGCCACAGACCAUGAAACCAGAGACUGUCUUCAGAGUAUAUACAAUCUGAAUAGCGUUCUGGCAGGAGUGGUUUGUCGGAGCAGCACUUGCCACAGUGAUUCAGUGUUUCUUCAGUGCAUUCAGAUCCUGCAGAGGUUAACGUAUAAUGUCAAAAUUUUCCAUUCUGGUGCCAAUAUAAAUGAAUUAAUUACAUUCCUGAUAGAUCAUAUUCAGUCUUCUGAAGAUGAGUUGACAAUGCCUUGUCUAGGAUUAAUGGCAAAUCUUUGUCGACAGAAUCUUUCUGUUCAAACUUAUAUAAAGACUUUGAAUAAUGUAAAAUCUUUUUAUCGAACACUUAUAAGCUUUCUGGCCCAUAGCAGUUUAACUGUUGUGGUAUUUGCACUUUCAAUAUUAUCCAGUUUGACAUUAAAUGAAGAAGUUGGAGAAAAGCUGUUUCAUGCUCGAAAUAUUCAUCAGACUUUUCAACUGAUAUUUAAUAUUCUCAUAAAUGGUGAUGGAACACUAACUAGAAAGUAUUCCGUUGAUCUACUAGUGGAUCUCCUUAAGAAUCCUAAAAUUGCUGACUAUCUCACCAGGUAUGAGCACUUCUCUUCAUGUCUUAAUCAAGUAUUAGGUCUUCUUAAUGGAAAGGAUCCAGAUUCUUCUUCUAAGGUUUUAGAAUUACUUCUUGCCUUCUGUUCAGUGACUCAGCUGCGCCAUGUGCUCACUAAGAUGAUAUUUGAGCAGACUCCAUCUGGCAACACCAUUCUGGGAAGCCGGACUAAAUGCUUAGAACCUACUAUGGCUCUGCUCCGUUGGUCAAGCCAACCUUUGGAUGGAUCAGAAAGCUGUUCUAUUUUAGCCCUCGAGUUGUUCAAGGAAGUAUUUGAGGACACCAUAGAUACUGCUAGCUGUUCUUCAGCUGACCACUUUGUGACCCUUCUGCUGCCUACAGUUGUUGAUCAGCUUCAGUUCACAGAAGAAAAGCUAGAUGAGACCUUAUUAAGAAAAAAAUGUGAAAGGAUGGUGAAGGCUAUCGAAGUAUUGUUAACUCUCUGUGGAGAUGAUGCACUGAAAAUGCACAUUGCUAAAACUCUGACUACGAUCAAAUGCACCACUCUGAUAGAACAACAGUUUACUUACGGCAAAAUUGAUCUGGGAUUUGGAACAAAAGUAGCAGAUUCAGAACUGUGUAAACUUGCUGCUGAUGUAAUUCUGAAAUCUCUUAAUUUGAUGAACAAACUUAAACAAUUGGUUCCUGGUAUGGAAGUAAGUUUCUACAAAAUCCUUCAGGAUUCACGCUUGAUUACUCCCUUGGCUUUUGCCUUAACAUCAGAUAAUAGAGAACAAGUACAGUCUGGACUGGGAAUAUUAUUGGAAGCUGCUCCAUUGCCAGAUUUCCCUGCUUUAGGACUUGGAGAAAGUAUAGCAGCGAACAAUGCCUAUAGACAACAGGAAGCAGAACAUAUGUCCAAAAGAAUGCCUUUGCAACCAUUAAACCAAAAUUCCCUGACAUCAGUAAAGUGUUUAACUCCUCCACUUUUGAAAGAUAAAGUUCCUGCAUUGAACAUUGAAGAAUUAAUAGAGAAACUUCAGUCUGGAAUGGUGGUAAAGGAUCAAAUCAAUGAUGUGAGAAUAUCUGACAUAAUGGAUGUGUAUGAGAUGAAACUGUCUACAUUAGCAUCCAAAGAGAGCAGGCUACAAGAUCUCUUGGAAGCAAAAGCUCUAGCCCUUGCACAAGCAGAUAGAUUGAUUGCUCAGUAUCGAUGUCAGAGAACCCAAGCUGAAUCUGAGGCACGAACGCUUGCCAGUAUGUUGAGAGAUGUUGAGAGGAAAAAUGAAGAACUUGGUAUGUUGCUGAAGUCUCAGCAAGUUGAAUCAGAAAGAGCUCAGAGUGAUAUAGAACAACUCUUUCAACAUAAUAGGAAGUUGGAAUCUGUGGCUCAAGAACAUGAGAUAUUGACAAAAUCCUACAUGGAACUUCUUCAGAGGAAUGAAACUGCUGAAAAGAAGAAUAAAGAUUUACAGAUCACAUGUGAUUCACUGCAUAAACAAAUUGAGACAGUGAAAAAGUUGAAUGAGUCGCUCAAGCAACAGAAUGAAAAAACUAUUGCCCAGUUAAUAGAGAAAGAAGAACAGAGAAAAGAGGUUCAGAAUCAACUAUUAGACAGAGAAUGUAAACUCGCAAACUUGCAACAGAAAACAAAAGUACAAGAAGAAAACAUUAAAGUUUUACAAAGAGAAACAGUAGAUAAAGAAGAAGCCAUUGAUAGCCUUCGGAAAGAAUUAAACAGAACAGAACAGAUGAGAAAAGAUCUGAGCAUAAAGGCUUCUUCCUUGGAGGUUCAGAAGGCACAGUUAGAAGGUCGUUUGGAAGAGAAAGAAUCGGUGGUGAAACUUCAGCAAGAGGAGUUGAACAAGCAUUCUCAUAUGAUAGCCAUGAUUCACAGUUUGAGUGGUGGAAAAAUAAAUCCAGAAACUGUGAAUCUCAGUAUAUAG